CAAUGAAAUUGGGGGUUCAUAAAUAGGCACUCCAAAGGGGGAAUUUGGUGGUGCAUCUGCAUCAGGUCCCGGCUCUUGGGUUUCAUAUUGCUGCGGCAUAAUGACGAAAGUGAGCACCCGAAGCAAGAUGGAUUGGAGCGAUAGACUCCUGAGCACCUCCUAUAGUCAUGAUUCAUAUCAUGGCAACGCGGAGGAAGAGCUCGGGGAAGAAGAAGUGUGGUCCUGGGCUUUCCAUGAACCUGAAUCGACAUCGACAGCCAGGGAAGACGGUGACGCUGUUGAUGUCGGUGCGAAGAUGAGAAGAUCGGCGUCCUCUGCUCUCCCGACGGUGGCGAAGCAGUGGUUGCCGUCGAGGAGAGAGGGGCAGCAAAAAGGGGGCCUGUCCCUAGCUUUUGAGGACAAGCACACAAAUCCGGCGGCGGCCGCGAGGAUAAUACAGCAGUUCCGCGGGAUGACGAUGGAGAAGAGUGAGCAGCAGCAUGGGGCAGUGCAGUCGGCACCGAUGAAUGUGCCCGACUGGUCUAGAGUGAUGGGCGAUGCGGAGGAUGAAGGGGAAGAGGAGGGGGAGUGGCUUCCGCCACACGAGUACCUGGCGAGGAGCCGGGACAACACCGUGACGGCCACCUCGGUGUUCGAGGGCGUCGGUCGCACCCUCAAGGGCCGCGAUAUGAGCCGCGUUCGUAAUGCCGUUUGGAGGCGGACAGGCUUCUUUGGCUAGACUUACAUCUUCCUUCUCUCUCUCACUGUUACUCUUCUCUCUGCUGUGAUUUGGCCCUUCUUCUCAGCCAUUGAGCUCCAAAAUACAUUCACAAAUCCUAUCUCUCUCUCUCUCUCAUUCGUUUGUAAAAAGUAAUCCUUGGAUUGAUUAUUAGGGCUUAUUGAUUUUGGUACAAGGGACUCUUCUUCCGGUAUGCAUAUUAAUUGAGGUGAAAGAACCACCCCAACUUGAAUCAUUUGCACCUGAAAUGCAGUGCUCUGCAAAUCCAGACGAAUAUAUGCAGACUACCCUCGCAAAAUUAUUAGACUGAUGAGAAGAAGGAGACAAGGAACACGGGCGAUGUCCAUGUCCUUCCUCUUCCCCUUCCCCUGUCUUUUCAACUUUCCUUAAGAAGAAUACAAAGGGAUUUAUUAUUAUUAUU